ACAUGAUGGUGAGUAAAUGAUAAGAGAAUUUAUAUUUUUGGAGAACUAAUGGUAUUCAUUAUUAGAUAUUUCACUGACUCAAUGGAAAACCAAUAGAACCAAAGGAAAACAGCUGUCUGUUGGUCUCUCUUUUGUUUCUCUAUUUUUUUUCCCAUGGGUCUGGUGUGUCUCUGUUCUGAGAUGAUGUAAUGGUCUUUUAAUAAUUGAUGGUUUAAAGAAAGUGAAAGACCCUGAGUCGGAGUGCAUAGAAAAAUCAAUGUUAGUGUGGGAGGAGGUAGACAUGAGUAAGAUGAGAAGAGGCUGCAAGAUCAUGUAAAAGGAAAACAGAAAGUAGCCAUGCUCAUGUUUAGCGAGGCAGGGAACCCCACCCCAAGCUGGAAACUUCCAGUGAUGUUGUCGGUUUGUCUGUGUUCCCGAUGCUCUGGAACGUAAGGUAGGCUGCUAAACGGAUUCCAUGGCCACCAAUGUAGCAGUGUGCAAUUGACGGUGCCAUGAGUAUGAACACAGGUCAAGGAUGUCGGGCCCUGGGGAAGGACGUCCUGGUGCCACAUUGCAUUUAUCACUCGCUGAAUUACUGCCUUACAGACUGCAGUGAUUUAAUUGAGGCACUCGUCUGAAUGAGGCAACACCUGUUCUAGAGAGCACUGUUUGCACUCACCUUACCCAGUGCUGAUACUGAUAGCUGGCACAGCGGUCAGUUCUCAUUAGGUUCUUGAUUAACAACAUUUGCUCAUAAAGUGACAGUCCUGGAAAGGGUUCAGGCCUUUGUGGACCAUCUGUUUUACUACGCUUCCUUUUGGGUUCAGACAGCAGAUGUUCCGUCUGCGGUGCCUUCAGGUCUUUCGAUCCUGCCGUGUCGUCCCUCACACACGUAAGGAAUCGGUCAGUUCGCUCCGUCCCUCUGCUUCCUCUGUGACGCCAAAACUGUCAAGGUGAUGGAGGGUCUGGAAGUUGAGGACAUAAGCCCAGCCCUCGAGGCCACUGAGGAGUACUUGCACUGCCUCGAUGACAAUCAAGGAGAUGGCCAGGUACGUCCGCCCAAGCUCAAAGAGGCCUCCACCUUGGACAAGUUGAGUUCUAGUGGGGUAUGGGGGCUGCUGACCGGAAAGCAAUCUGAGAUGUCACCCAGCAAUAUGGCCUGGGCGGAGCAGACGUCUUUCACCGUGCUGGGUCUGCGACAUGGGAAAAGGAACCGGGCACGAUCCACCAAUGAUUUGGCGGCUCAUGCCAAAGAGACAAACUCCACCUCCAAUACAUCCAGCGGCGGUUUCAAGCGUGGGCACAACCGCUCCCGUUCAGACGUCAACAACCGCACUUACACCGAUAAUGGCAUGCCUGCCAUUGACAAAAAUACGCUCAAGAACAUGGCUCUGAACGACCACAGAGACGCUCACAAGGAGAGCAGCCCUAGCCUGGUGAAGCAGGGAACACUGGAGCAGAGAGAGGGUCCGUGGGGACGCUGGACCACCUGUCAUGUGGAGCUUACACCCUGUGAGCUGCGCCUCUACAGCCUGGACAGCAGCGGCAACCAGCAGCUAUGUGCCGCUCUCUCGCUGUCCCACUGCCAAGGUGUGAGUGCACCCCAACAGCAGGAUGGACGUGUUUUCCAGGCCGUCUUCUUUAACAGCACCCGCCUGCAGUUACGUGCACCCUGCCAGUGGGAGGCACUGGAGUGGCGUAGACUCCUCUGGGAACGCGUCUUGGCCGCCCGUCCAGCCAAUCGCAAAGGGGAGUCGGCCCGUGCCAACUCUCCUACACCUCACGAACCCGAUCCAGAUGCGGCGACUGUGCCAGUCCCUCGACCCCUGGUACGUCCCACGGCCCUACCACUGUUCACCCAGCACUGUGCCGAUGUUCUUAAGGCUGGCCUUCUGCACCAACUCACCGACCUCAACAACUGGAGGGCCUUCACAUUUGUACUGAGCCGCACUGAGCUGCAGGCCUUCCCAACUGAGGGAAGAGGCCCAGUGUCGGAGCCGGUGUUGAGGUACCCGUUGGCCUCCUGUCUGGCUGUGCAGCGGGAUGAUGAAGAUGGAGACACCAGCUCCCGCUUCCAGGCGGUCUUCCCUGAUGAUGUGCUCCGCUUGCGGGCAGAGAGCGAGUCCAAGGCCCAGGACUGGGUGGAGGCCUUGCGGACGGCAGUGACGGCCCAGAGGCCACAGUGGGAGAAUAAUCAAGCCUCCAGUGAAGUGCUGAUACGGAGUAAGCCAGCGAGGGAGCGACGGCACAGGGAGGCCCAGAAAGCUAAACGACAGUCCGUCACCACUAGCUUUCUCAGCAUCCUUACCUGUCUGGCUGUAGAAAAGGGUCUCACCGCUCAGAGCUUCCGAUGUGCAGGAUGUCAGAGGCCUGUGGGUCUGUCACGGUGCAAGGCCAAAGUUUGCUCUUACAGCGGCUGGUACUACUGCCCAAGUUGUCACCAGGACAACCUCUUCCUCAUACCUGCUCGUCUACUGCACAACUGGGACACUAACAAACACAAGGUGUCAAAACAAGCAAAGGAGUUUUUGGAGUUUGUUUAUGAGGAGCCCCUGUUAGAUGUCCAACAGUUGAACCCGUGUCUGUAUGAGCAUUGCGAGGCGUUGGCGGCCGUUCUCAAAUUGAGACAGCAGCUCCAGUCUCUCAGGGCCUACCUCUUCAGCUGCCGGGCCACAGUGGCAGAAGACCUCCGCCGCAGGAUCUUUCCGAGAGAAUACCUGCUACAGCAUGUGCACCUCUACUCACUGGCAGACCUGCAGCAGGUCAUAGAUGGAAAGCUUGCUCCCUUCCUCUCUAAGGUGAUCAAGUUUGCCAGUUCUCAUGUCUAUAGCUGUAGUCUGUGCCGGGAGAAGGGCUUCAUCUGUGAGCUUUGCCACACUGGCCAGGUCAUCUAUCCCUUCCAGGAGAAUGCCACCAAAAGGUGCGAGGGCUGCGGUGCCGUCUUCCAUGCCGAGUGCCGUAUGCGAGCCCAGCCGUGCCCUCGAUGUGUGCGCAGAGAACUACACAAGAAGCCGGCGUCGUUCUGGAAGAGGCACGGCCCUCACGACAGCCCGGAUGAUGAGGUGCUGGACUGCUUCGAGCUGGACACCUGAGCCGGUUUACUGAGAGCUGUGCUGAGCACACUGCACUAACGAAGUCCAAGUGUUGCCGUAUCUGACAAGGACAAGAUUCCGUGCUCCCUCGGUUGGAAGUGCUCCGUGAAAACCGAGAAACAGAGGCGUUUUUGUUUUGUUUUUUUUACCUUCUCCCUCACCUGAGAGAGAUGGGCACAGAGACAAUAAUCCAGCUCCCGAAGAGCAGAGGCUUCAUAAUGAUACCAAUUUACCCUUCCCUUUCAUCUACCAAAUAACAGCCAGGGCCAACCGACAAAUACAGGCAAAGUACGCUCACACACUUGCACAUAAACACACUCUCACUGACAGAUGUAAAAUAAUGCACUUUCUGGCAGACUCACAAUCCAAGAGCGAUGAUUCAAACCAAUUUCUGGACACAAAUAGAGCUUCUAAUCCAUUAAUGGUUCAGUGAAAAUGAACGCUGCAAGAGGUCAGUCUGGCCUCUCCGUUCCGUUUCCCUCCACGCCGUAGUUAACCUACAAUGCCCAAGACCCUUGAUCUCAAGCAAGGCUGAACAUGAAGAUAAACAUCCUUAGAACAAAAAUAGCUUUUCUGUUUCACGUUUGCAUUUUUGCACUACAUUUAUGAUUUGUCGCUACAUUUCUGUGUUCGUUGCACUUUUACUCAAAGCAUGUUGCCAUGUCCGAUGGUUUGAGUUGGGGGUGUACUGUGAAGAAAGAUGGUGUCUCGUCCCGCCCAGAUGGAGUUUAAAAAGUUUGACUGUUUAUCAACACUCAAUGGCACUGCCUAUAAGCAGCUGAACCACGUUGUUCUUGCUAACCGCCUGGUCUAUGAUUACAAACUACCCUGGGCCACCAAGCCCUGAAAUUACAGUCUAGAGUUCCAGGGCUUUGUUUAGCAUUCAUGCGUCUUUUUAACAAGAAACGUAAAGCGAACCCGCCGUGGACAAGCUCAUAAUUCAUGUCCGUCCAACCUCUGCUUUGGAUCCUCGCUGCCUCUCUACGUUCAUACUGCGUUUUCUUGCUACUUGAACUUAGCAUUGGCAAUAAAGUCACUUCUUUUGCUUUCGCUGCCUUAUUUGACUUCCCAUUCUUCGGCCAGACCGGUCUUUCUCCAGUUGGACGAUAUGGACACAAAAAAUGACUUUUUAUUUUUUUUUUUUUUACUAGAAAACCCCUGUUGUAAACGUAGCAAGCUGACUGACAUUUUAAGAUGUUUGAUGAAUCCCGAGUAUCGCUGUUCUCACAUUUUCUUUUGUUCUUCAGUUGUUUUCCCUUCUAUAAGCGUACAGAAAAUAGCAGCAGGCAUCUCUUCCUGGACACCUCACCAGCAAACAGAAGCUUCAGAUAUAAAUCACAUUAUAAAACGCAUCAAAAACUACCUGCACAUUCAAAAAAACUGUUACUGGUUAUACUGGACCUGAAAAGUUCUGGCUGGAGCUGUACGCUUGAUGUUUGAAACUACGAGAAACCGUCUGCUGAGAUUUAGUUUGUUACUGGCCGACAGCGUCACUUAUUGAACUCUUUGAGAUGGGACUAGGUCAACUUACAUAUCAUUUGCUACCAUGUUAAAUUUUGUUUUAUGAGGAAAUGUGUUAAAGGGAUAGUUCACCCAAAAAUGAAAAUUCUGUCAUUAAUUACUCAGCCUUAUGUCGUUCCAAACCCGUAAGAUCUUCGUUCAUCUUUGGAACACAAAUUAAGAUAUUUUUGAUGAAAUACGAAAGGUUUCUGACCCUCCAUAAACAGCAAGAGUCCUUCCACAGUCAAGUUCCAGAAAGGUACCAAGAGCAUCAACAAAAUAGUCGAUGUGACAUCAAUAGUUCAACCAUAAUUUUACGAAGCUUCAACAAUACGUUUUGUUCGCAAAAAUCAAAAACAUCUUAAUUUGUGUUCCAAAUAUGAAUGAAGGUCUUACAGGUUUAAAACGAUAUGAGGGAGUGUAAUUAAUAACAGAAUUUUCUUUUUUGGGUGAACUCUUUAAUUUCAUUGAGCUUAUGUUUGCACCAAGAAGUUUACUUCGAAAUGAGAUUCAGUCUUAGUUUACGUAUGGUUAGUAUGUGUGUGAGGAAAAUGUAGAUGGAUGGAUGGAUGAUUAUGAUAGUUGUUCAGAACAUUUGGUUGUAUUUAUUGAAUAUGUGUCUUUUUGCCUGCCUUAAAUUAAAAGCCAAUGCAUCAGCCUGUUGAUGUUCUUCGAUUAGCAAGCUAUAGUCACUCGAAAAAGUUUCAGUAUUUAUUAGUCUAACCAGAAUAUCAGGCUAUAGAAUAUAUCGUAAUAUAAUCACUUGGUGUUUUCGUUUUUUGAUGCGAAGACCUUACUUACCUUAUUAAUAAUUAAAAAAAAAAGGAUUCUCCCCGGAAUCUGGCGAUUUCUUGUUUUUUCCAACCUGAUCUUAUGGCAAUUCGUAUUUAUAUGACGAGGUGGCUAAUUCAUAUGAAUUCGUAAGACCUCACUUGUACGAAUUUGUAAAUUCGUAUAAAUUCAUUAGAAUUGGGGUGUAGACAAACCAUACAAAAUUGUACGUGUGAGGUCGUACGAAUUCAUACAGAUUGGCCACUUUUUUGAAAUGUAUGUACGAAUUGGUUGUGAGAUAGCGUUGGUUUUCCGAUACACUGUAAAAAAAAAAAACUACUUAAAGUCUUUGUGCUGUUUUAAAAUUUUAAGUUUACUCAACUCAAAUAUCCACGUUUUCAUGUAGUACAACUUAACAUUUCAUGUUGACUAAACGUAAAA